AUGGCAUUCAACAAGAAAUACGCCGGUCUCCCGGACUUGGAUCCCGCCCCAGAUAUUUACGAAACCCCUGACCUGACCGACGAAGCUUCAACAGUCCCCACGGCCACCAUCCGUACGGAUUCCGAUCAUGAUGAUGCCGGCCACCACUCCGACAUUGAUCGCGAAGGCGUCAAUGCCGACCAAGCACGUCGGCACUUCCUAGGUGCUGCGGUCGACGCCCGCGACGUUAACUUCUCCGACAGCAUCUCGGCGAAGCGCCAGGCAUAUCGCAGUAAAGACAAAAGUCGGCGCCACCGCCGAAGACGCGACGAUGGCACCGAGGAGGUCGGUGACCUGAGCGAUAGCGAAGACGAGUCGCUUGAACGGCGGCUGGCACGUCUGCGGCGAGAAGUUGAGGAUCUAAAAAUCGAGAUGGCGAACCAGUCAGCAGGCGUAACUAUCGAGGGUGGUGAAGGUGGCCAAUCCGGAACUGCUGAUGGCAGCGAAAAAGCAGAAAAUAAGGCUCUAGGCGAUGGUGUGGCAGAGUUGAGCCGUGCGCUUGAUAAUUUGCAUGCCUCCUCACGAGGAGUUCAGCCGUCACCAUACUCGGCUGCUGCCACACUGUCUCAAAAGCUCGACUUGCAGACUAUUCCUACAAAGAACAAGGGAGCUCCAGAAAAGGAACAACUGCCAGCAGAGAGCUCGACAACAGCUGCAAGAACUCCUGUGCCACCCCAAGCUGCUGAUCCAGCCGCAGGAAUCCUUUCUCAUGCAGCGGCGUUCGAGAGCCGCUUAGCUCUCCUUGAAGCCUCCAUGGGCAUCUCCACUUCCUCGAACCCGUUCGUGGGCGAUGGCAUUAGCGAGCCCGCCCUGCAGCCAGUCCUCCCCUCGCUGGAACAACUAACCUCGCGCCUCUCCGCCCUUACGGGUCUGCUUGUCGGCGCGAACCCAGCAUCCGAAAAUCCCUCUGUCUUGCCUGGCAUGACCACUCCACACCUUGAGGCUCUUUCUACGCGCGUGCGAAAGCUGACGACCGAUGCCGAAGCGCUCGCAUCCGCCCGCAAACGCGCAAACGAUGCCGCCAAAGCGGCUCAAGCCGCUCGCAUCACGACUACUAGCUCUGACGCUGACGCCGCCCCGACAACCGAGGCCUCUGCCGCUGCGGAUGACGAGCAAGUCGCCAAAAUCCAAGCCCUCUAUGCCACUCUCCCGACCAUCCAGUCCUUACACCCCUUGCUACCGAGCGUACUCGAGCGGCUCCGCUCGUUGCGCGCUUGCCAUGCGGGCGCUGCGCACGCCGCAGAAUCGCUCAACGAACUGGAAAAACGACACGCCGAGAUGUAUUCUGAAAUUGAGCAGUGGCGCGAAGGCCUGGUCGCUGUAGAGGAGAAAAUGCAACAGAGUGAGGCGGUCCUGCGGUCGAACGUCGAGACCGUUGAGCCCUGGGUGCGCGACCUGGAGUCUCGCAUGGCUCGUCUGGACGGGCCGCCGGGUGGACUGUGA